GCUAUUUAUUCGUGUAUUGGUGGUGUCGUCAGCAAGUACUUUCAACGACGUCGACAUGCCGAAGAAGGUUUCGUUUCAUUCCGUGAAGCAGCCCACGUUUGGACUCAUUUCAGAAAACACACGCGCAGAACAUGCCGUACGACGAGCCGCGACGAAGGCCGCCACGUCGUCCAACCUGUCCCCCCACCGCCGCCUGAAGUCCAACUUGGGCCAGCGCUUCGUACGAAUGAUGGCUACUAUGGCUACUUUGGCCAACUUGAAUCUCCACGAUGACCAAGGCGAGAAUGAGCCUGCUGUUGCAAUCCCCUCCUCCAACAACACCUUAGCCGUCCAAGGUGAAAAACCUACAAGUUCCAGCGUCAACACGAGCGCCACCGUAAGGCACCCCCACGGCCCAACUUCAUUUUUGAAGCAUUCGUUUCCCAUUGAUGAGCCGCAACCUACUGCACACCAAGGGUCAGAUCCAUGGCAGCCCGAGUCCACGGCGAGGUCUCCUCCCGUGCCAGCCCUAGCUUUGCCCGCAACCCAAGUGAAAAGUAAAAAGCGACGGCGAAAAGCACGUGUCAAGCGCACGUGGAAGACUUCGCAUGCAACGUGGAGCCAAGGACACGUCGAUGUGAAUGUCACCACGUACAACCGGGAAUCCGAGCUGCGAAAGCUGGAAAUGCUGCACACAUUGAGCACGUUACAGCCUCCGACUCUUGUCCACUUGCCGGCGGCAGAAAUGUCUGUUAUGGCUGCAACCAGGUGCUCGAAAUCAUAUACAACCAUCACACACACCCGAAACCCCAACGACCAAGACAACUGCGCGAACGACGACCUGUCGCAGCCCAGCGACAUCAUCUCGGGCAUGUCGAUGAUUAGCCAGCCACAGUCGCCUUCCCCUCGGCAUUCCCCAGAGCUGCACCAACCCAAGACAAUUACGAUUGAGAUGCGUCUCACAUUAGAUCCACCCCGCCCCCCAAGCCCCCCCAUUCGAAAUGAUAUCGAUCAAUCUGUACUGCAACGGCCCCAACACCCCCAACCAGACCCUCAAGUACGAGCUCCGACGUUCAUGCAUCCCCCCAUCAAAGAAAAUGUUGCCCUGAAAGCACCACAACUACACCCCCCAAAUAAGACUGAUAUCCCUUCCCCGAACGCCGUUGUACCAAAACUCCUUCGCCACACUCCCACAGCCAUCACACGCGACAUGGCAACCUGGCUGCGGCAAAGCGGCUUGUUCAAGUGCAAACCAAGACACGAAUUACACCUUACCAUGGCCGACCAAUUCCCCGUCGGAACCACAUGACCCCCUUGAAUACAUGCGAUACAAUGAGGCAAUAGCACCAUCGCGUAGCUAACGUUAGCUCAUUCACUGUCAGCGUUGAACUAAUAUACCCUCAUUGAUA